UUCUUACUUCAUUUUCUCCUUCCAACUUCUUCCAUUGUAGUGGGGUUUUUAUUUAUUUUUAUUUUUAUUUUUUAUUCCUUCACUCCUGUUCAUAAUUCAUUUUCUCCUUACAACUUCCACCACUGUAGUUGUUUCUUUUCCUUCACAGCUGUUUUAUUACUCUCCUUCCAUUCUUUUCACUUCUUCUCCUUUCAUAGCUUUGUUAUACAGUUUAUCUUCCUUUCCUUUCCUCUUCUGAUAGCUUCUGAAAGCGAAAUUACACCGCCCCCCCUCCUCCCACCCCCAAAAAAAAUCACACCUUUUUAAGUUUCAAAACACCCCAUCCAUCCACAAUCUUGUUUCUACUAUGGAGUAUCUGAAGGAUCAUGUUGUGGAGAUCAUUCAAUGGUUAUGGCCUCCUCUAGCUAAGCAGUUGGAUUAUGUCAUAAACGCCGAGGCCCAUCUAGAGGCCUUGACAAGAGCAGCCGAAGAAAUAAAAUGCAAGCGCAAGGGCAUCCAAGGAAACGACAUUGAUGGGCCAUUGAAGAAAAGAAGGAAGCUGACCCACCAAGCUGCGCUCUGGAUUGAUGACUCAAUCAAAAUUGAGAAGGAAGUUGAUUCGAUAAAAUCCGAGUUCGAGCAAAGGCCAAAAUUCUUUAAUGGACUUUGGUCCAAUUACUUCUCUCGCUAUAGAUUGGGUAAAAGGGCAGUUCGAAUUCUCGACGAGGUUAAAGAUCUCAAUGAGAAAACACCUCUUGGUGAGGUGGCUUUGAGUCCUCCACGACCUACGGUGACAGAGAAGCAGGAAUCAUUGCCUCCUGGGCAGAGCACCUCUGAGCAUACCUUAGAAGAGAUAUGGCAAUGCUUGCAAGAUGAAGAGAGUCGGAUCAUAUGUGUUUAUGGAAUGGGUGGAAUCGGGAAAACUACCCUCAUGAAAGCCAUUAACAAUAGGUUGGUUGGAACCCAAGACUUCGACACUGUACUAUGGGUAACUGUCUCCAAGGAAUUGAAGAUAGAGAGAAUCCAGAAAGAAAUAGGGAAUGAAUUGAAUUUGUUUUUUAUCGAUGGCGAGCAGAAGAGAGACAAGCUCUUUACUACGCUCAAGGACAUGAAGUACAUGCUCAUCUUAGAUGAUCUCUGGCGAGAUUUCGACUUAGAGGAAGCUGGGAUUCCUCUACCAAAUGUGCAGAAUAGAUGCAAGAUUGCAAUAACCACGCGAUUUAUUCAAGUAAGCAAUGCAAUGGAGGCUGACAAACAUAUCAGAGUCAAGACUCUUACAAGUGAAGAAUCGUGGAAUUUGUUCUGUGACAAAGCUGGGGAUGUAGCUCGUUUGCCUGGAAUUCAACCGUUAGCUGAGGAAGUCGCCAAUGAGUGUGGUGGUUUACCACUUGCAAUCAUUACGGUGGGACGAGCUAUGCGUCGCAAGGACAAGAAAGAAUUGUGGCUGGAUGCACUAAGAGCAUUGAGGGGAUCUGCACCUGAGAUUCCAGGUAUGGAGCCAAAUGUAUUCCUUUCUCUGAAACUUAGUUAUGAUCACUUGGAAGAUGAUAAGCACAAGCGAUGUUUCUUGUAUUGCGCUUUAUUUCCAGAAGAUUAUAACAUUGGAAUACCAAAACUACUCAAAUUUUGGACCAUGGAAGGGUAUAUAGACAAUGUUGAAAGCUUUGAAGAUGCUUCAAACAAAGGACACGCCGUCAUCGAAAGAAUCAAGGAGGCAUGCCUCCUUGAGGAGGGGGUAUCUGGGGACACACAUGUCAAGAUGCAUGAUUUAAUUCGCGACCUGGCAAUAUGGAUAACAUCGACGUCUCAGGAGUUGAAAUUUCUGGUGAGAGCUCGCAUGGAACUGAAGGUGCCACCCAAGGAGGAGAUGUGGGAGGAGAUGGGGAGGAUUUCAUUGAUGUCGAAUGAAAUAGAGGAGCUUCCGAUGCAGCCCAAUUGUCAUAAGCUGGUAUCCUUAUUACUUAGAAAAAAUGCCCAAUUGAAGAUGAUUCCUAAUAACUUCUUCGAUUUCAUGCCUAAACUUCAGAUUCUUGAUCUAAGCUACACUGCCAUUGAAUCGCUUCCAAUGUCCUUGUCUUUGUUAGUGAAUUUACGUGCGCUGAUUUUAAAACGUUGUAGAAGUUUAGUUGAGCUACCACCAUUCAAGCAGCUAAAAGAACUCGAAUUUGUAGAUCUCUCUUGGUCUGCCAUAAGCAAUCUUCCUGAGGGAUUUGAAAAUUUGGGGAAACUUAAGCAGUUGGAUUUAUCAAACUUGGAUUGUCUUAUAAGUAUUCCACACAAUGUAUUGUCUAGACUGUCUCGUCUAGAGGAACUACGACUGCUUAAAACAUAUAUCAAUUGGAGCACAGCGGCUGAACCACAAGUCAUCGGUGAUGCUUCGCUAGAGGAGGUCGCAUCAUUGACACGUUUGUCUACUUUUGAUAUCACAAUACCGAACAUCGACUGCCUGGAGCAUGAUGUGUUCUGUCAACGAUGGUCAAGAUUCAGAAAUUUCGCUUUCCAUGUCGGUUACGAUUGGGUCUUUGACCGCCUAAGCGGCGAUAACUCCGUGCGCAUACACGAAUGUCACCAUUUCCCACCUGGGAGUAAGGUGAUGAUAAAACAUGCAGAAGGCUUGAGUUUUGUAGGAUGCGGUGGUCUAACACGGGUUUCUCAGGUAGCGGGUGAUUCAAAGAACUUAAGACAGCUCCAAGUCUACAGAUUCAAUGGAAUGGACUGUGUUAUAGACUGGACAGAGGUGGGAGAAGGUGCAUUGCAACAGUUGGAGUGGUUGUACCUUGACAGGCUACUGGACUUGGAAAUGCUAUUCCGGGGGAAAGUUCCACAGGGAAGCCUUCAAAACCUAAGGUCAAUAGAAGUUUCAUACUGUGAGAAGUUGAGGUGUCUCUUCUCUUCUAGUGUGGCAGAACAUCUAGAUGGGCUGCGGGAACUUACAGUGGGAUCUUGUGAUGAAAUGGUGGAGAUUGUUGAAGGUGACACACUGCCAGACAAUCUCUUUCCACAAUUACGCAGGCUAAGGUUUGAGAGAUUAUACAAAUUAACAAGAAUUAUGUCUAGUACGGUGUUGGCUGCUAUGAACUUGCAAGAGAUGGAGUUGUUCAGAUGUCCGUUAUUGAAGAAGCUGCCCUUGUUCACUUCCAUACAGAAGAUCAAAGGAGAGAGGGACUGGUGGGCUGCUUUAGAGUGGGAAAAUGAGAACACCAAGUCACUCUUUCAGCAGAAAUAUCAUCAAUGGAACUUCCCCCAACAAACGUAGAGCUGGAGUCGAAUCAAGAUGAUUAAAAGUCUGGAAAGCCCUCUGCAAGACCGAACCUCCACCAACUAUGAUUCCAUUCCUAGUUUCAGACUUGCUCACCUUCAUGGUUGCACUCAAAUUGGGUGCGUCAGAGAUAGGUACCCAUGGAAGUAUUGGGCUCUGUAAAUUCAGGAGAUUAUAGAGCCAUCCCUGGACUAUAGAGAACCCUCCCAUCCGAUCAAUGGAUCAAAUACCUGAACCAUAGGCCUCACACAUACAAAACACGACCAUUUUUGAAAUUGCACAUUUUCUGAUGUGCAGGACUGUGGGCCUCAUAAUUUGUCACUUCAAGGUAUUUCCUUCCAUUUCUCAGGUUCUGUUUGGUAGAUGCCUAAGGAUGAGUUCUUCUCAUUUUAAUUCACCAUAGUAAUGUAUUAGAAAUUUUUAUCUUUAAUACAUAAUGACUUUGUAUUGACUAUUGACAGUAACUGUGUAUUAGAGAUCAAGAUCUCGAAUGCAUCACUUUCAUGAAGAUUCACAUCUUUAAAGUUAGAACCGCAAAAAACCACAGGCCUUUUGGUUUUGGAUUCAAGGGACAUAAAUCAGAAGGAGAUCGAGAACUUGCAAGAGCCAUUAUCAGAUUUAAGCUACUUGAUACAAUUCAACAUGAUGACAUUGAUGACAGGAUAGGAAGCUUAUUGGAGAUGGUGGUUCGAUUUCUGCACUUGUUCGUAACCACAAUGAUCUUCAAUGACACUCAAGACUAUGGUUAUGCCAGCUUUCUUGGAAUUUGCAUAAAUCGCAUUGUUAUGGUUUUAUUUAAUUCGGUUGUAAUCUCUAAUGGUAUGUUUCGAUGCGGAUUUUAUACUCUGGAUCGUUUAUUUGUAACAACUCUGCUCCAUACUCGCUUCUGGCAAUGGCUGGAGUUGCAUUGGAAUCAAUUAGGAAUGUAAUUUGAUUGGGAUGUUAUAACAUCCGUGUAAAUUUAAUGUUAUCUACUUCAACAUUCAGGUUCA